AGCAACAGCAGCAGGCGGAGCGGAGACGGCAAUCCCCCCACACGCACACAUCUACCCCACCCCUUUCAAAAAAAAAAAAAAAAAACGGAGGCAGGAGGGGAACAAAACCUUGCGGGACACCUGUGCUGCUGGAUUCCCUCUUUUGGGGCUUUCAUGAACAUUAUUAGAAACCUAAAUUCACACCCAGUUUUUGGGUUAUGUGGACGAGCAGCGGAGAUCAGUAAAACUGGGAUGUAGACGCAGAAAAAAGCGGCCAAAUCUGCUUCGAUUGGACUGUGGCGAAGCCGUCGGCGGCACCACCAGUAGCACCAGCACCAGUAUUGGUCGGUCGGCGGAUGGAGAUGCGUUGUGAAGGCGGAGGGAUGAUGAUGAUGAUGAUAUAGCAGGUUGCUGCAGGGUCGUGCCGCAUUGCCUGGCCGCCGCGAGCGACGCCGGGGAGUCGGUGAUGCUGUCGUCGUCAUUGUGCCACAGAAAGAGAGAGAAAGAGAGGAGAGGCUCUGACAUGGAGGGAAGCGGCUGUCUGUCGACUCCGAGCUCAGGCCGCCCGGAUCAGCAGGUUGGAUGUACCGCCUGAAGGCUGGAGGACCUGAUUCAUGAUAUACAUGGUGGGAAAUUGUGAUAAAGUUGAAUUCUUUGUGGUGGAACUGAUUUUUUUCUGUGCGCAAAAAGUGAAUGGCCCAUAUGUUGAUUAUGCAUCACAGGAGCAUCAUAGCAGCUGCGUGUGUGCCAGUUCAGGGUGGAUUACGUCUACAGAGCAGCAGGCCUCCAUCUGAAGUCAGCUACUGAUCAGGAAAGCGUGAAGAAAACACUUCAGUAUACUUUCUUACCCUGUUGCUGCUCCGGGGGUAACCAUUUGUACUGGUGUUUCAUUGGAAGCUGGUGUGGUGUGAUCCCCCGUGGAGGGACAGCUGUUGCAAAAGAUGACUCACUUACAGGCUGGUUUGUCUCCAGAGACCCUGGAGAAGGCCAAGGUAGAGCUGAAAGAAAACCCUGAGACUUUACACCAGGACAUCCAGGAGGUCAGGGACAUGAUCAUCACCAGACCGGACAUCGGGUUCCUCAGGACAGACGAUGCGUUUAUCCUCAGAUUCCUCCGAGCCAGGAAAUUCAAUCACUUCGAGGCGUUCCGGCUGCUGGCACAGUAUUUUGAGUACAGACAGCAAAACCUAGACAUGUUCAAGAACUUGAAAGCAACUGACCCGGGCAUUAAGCAGGCCCUGAAGGAUGGUUUCCCUGGCGUGCUCUCCAAUCUGGACAGAUAUGGCAGGAAAAUAUUGGUCCUGUUCGCUGCCAACUGGGACCAGAGCAGAUACACGUUUGUGGACAUACUGAGGGCUAUCUUGCUGUCACUGGAAUCUAUGAUAGAAGAUCCCGAGCUGCAGGUCAACGGCUUCAUCCUCAUCAUUGACUGGAGUAACUUCACCUUCAAGCAGGCAUCCAAACUGACUCCCAGCAUGCUGCGACUGGCAAUUGAGGGACUACAGGACAGUUUUCCUGCCAGAUUUGGAGGGAUCCACUUUGUGAACCAGCCCUGGUACAUUCACGCUCUCUACACCGUCAUCCGACCCUUUCUUAAAGACAAGACAAGGAAGAGGAUUUUCAUGCAUGGUAACAACCUAAACAGCCUCCAUCAGCUCAUCCACCCAGAGAUCUUGCCAUCGGAGCUUGGUGGGAUGAUGCCACCCUACGAUAUGGGGACAUGGGCUCGAACACUGCUGGACCACGCAUAUGACGAGGAGACUGACUACUGUCCAGAGUCCUACACUCUAUCAGUACAAGACCUGGAGAGAGACCUGGAGAAAAACCUUUCCCCAAAGACCAUGAAGAGGUCUCAGUCGGUGGUGGAACCGGGAGUCCUGAAGCGACCAGACAAAGUCAAGAGCGAAGAAGACAACAUGCAGCCGCUGCUUUCGCUGGACUAAACCGUGCAGUCACAGCUCAAAAGCAUACUCAAAUCAAUAUUUACACACACAAAUACACUGACUUACUGUGCACAAGCAACACGCGCCCUGAAAAACACCUUCCUCCAGGAAAUGCUGCUGCUGCUACUGUUGGAUUCACCUUUUUCUCCAAAUCAUGGAAAAGCAAGCAGCAAGAGAUGAGAAGGACGUUUCCUCAGACUUAAGGGCAUCCUAAGAGCUACUGAUGGUGUUCUAUAUAUUUAUUUAUUUAGUUAUUUGUCAAGUGCCAAUUCCAGAAACUGUAAAUUAACGUCUUUAAACAAUCCAGUAUGGAGCAGGGAAGAGACGCUCAAGAGAGUGAGUUGUGAAAGUAUAGUGUUUACUGCACUUGUACAGGAUACAGAUGAUAAAGAAUGUGGAAAACUGAUCAUGAAACUUCAAAGAGGGCUUGGGGCCAGAGCUCUUGAGCUACAGUUUUUCCUUUUUUUGUACAGUAAUUUGAGGAAAAAUGCCCCAUAUGGGCAAGAAGCACGGCUCAGGAUCUGCAGCAGUGAUGGCGAUCAGCUUGUUUAACCUCCUGGACCCAAACUGGCAUACAGGCAGUGGGUUUACUGGGAGCUUAUUGGGUGUUUACUGGGGGUUUGGCAUCUUUCCUUUGAAAACAAUGGCCGAACUCUUGGUUCUCACUCCAGUUAUCUCUUGGAAAAGCAAACCCCCCUUUACGGUAAGAGUUGGCUCUAUGUAUCAUUUGGUUUUUUUUGUUGUUUUUCCUUUUAGUCAUUCUCUCGCUUGUUUCUGACCCAUAUGUCACAGAGCACAGCGCUGUCUUCUGCCAUUAGGGAUAACACAAAGUUGCUGUCUCUUAUUUUUAACAUAGACACACAUAAUUACAUAUUUGUUUGGGAGACCAAAGAUGUAUUUUCUGAAUUUCGAUGGACAAAUAAAUGAGGCAAAACUUUGUAGAAGCAGGGAAAGGCAAAGUGUAUUAUCUUCUCCUGUGACGUUGUGACACAUUUGUUGGAUGUAAUGGCAUUAACGAGCUUCUGAAAACAUAUUCCCAUCAUUUUAACACGGUAUGCGUAUUAGAUAUUUAGAGAUUAAAGCAUCACAUUGGUAUGUUGUUGACCGAUUAUUUCCUCCUGUAUACAACAAAAGCAGACUUUUUCCUUUUUCAAAUGAUCCCAGGCUGCCAUU